AUGUCCCUCAAGGCUAGGUUGAGUCCACAGUUUUACAGGUUUGGUCGACAUUUUGAGCUGCCUUUACUAGCCCAGAGCAUCAUCAUGGUGUUCACUAUGUUAGCUUUGACCGAGCUGUGUGUUCGAGUCAAACACAAGGGAGAGCUCAUAGCUUCAAAAGAGCACAAGUUCAGCGAUUCAUUUUCUGCUCAUCCAAAUAAUGGUGAAGUUGGUCAACGGUUAAAUCGUACUGUUGUCCCUGUGAGAAAAUUUGUUGAUUUUGACAGAGCCCACUUCUGGAAAUGGACCUACUUUAGCAGCUAUUUGCAGUUCACAGCAGCUUUUACAGUUAUAGUGGGACUACUAACGUGGAUAUUUCUAGACAAUAUGUACUUUGUAGAGACUAUCGGCUUCCUUGCCGUAUUUGCAGAAGCAAUGUUAGGUGCUCCCCAAUUCUAUAGGAACUUUGUAAACAAGUCUACACAUGGCAUGAGUAAAAAGAUGGUAGCUAUGUGGACCUGUGGAGAUUGCUUUAAGACGGGCUAUUUCAUUGUCCGUCAAGCUCCGGCCCAGUUCUGGAUCUGUGGGAUGUUACAAGUGGGAAUCGAUAUUUCCAUCUUCCUACAGGUCUACUGUUACAGGAACAAGGCGGCCAUUAGUUGACGGGGAGAAGCCUUUAGGAUGCUUUAUCACAAUGAAUCCAUAUUUCACAAGUGAACAAUUAUUUGACUCAAAAAUAUUUGAUAGCAUGUAUAUAUGUUAUUUUAGAUUUUAUUUUAUGUCUCUGUGUUCCUUUUUACUUUUUCACUUCAAAACCAUUUUACUUUGUUUAUAAAUCCUUGAUUUAAAGUCCACAUUGUUUGUUUUUGGUACACAACUAUGCAUUUAAUCAACACCAAAAUCUCUUCAUUAUACAAAGAAACUUAAAAAAUUAAUCUCAAUAUGAAUAUGAAUGUAUGUUUUGAUGUAUUCAUAAUUAUUGUUUUUUAUUUUAUGAAUAUAUAGAUGUAUUAAUUUCAAAUUCCAAUGUUUGAUAAGUGCUUUUACUUUCCUGUGCAUAUGUAAAUUGUUCAGGGUUAAUGUGCCAGAAGUUUACACAGUAGAGCAUUGCAAAUAUGGAGGGUCCAAACACAUAUCAAGUACAUAAAUGCAAAUAGUACUGGUAUGUUUACAAGUGUAUUUUUUUCUGUGGGAAAUGUAGUCUCCAUUUUAUUUAUAUUAGUCCUUUCUUUGUUGUAUUUUAUUUGUAAUUUAAUGAGUAUAA